AUGAACGAGGACCCAAGACUACGACGUUCGAGCAGCCAGCAAGAGAUAUCAUUCGAAGCGUCCCCAGAAUCAAAGGCCAGUUACAUGAACAGCGCGCAGACUCAAGAAGAACACGACGUUCGAGCAGCGAGGAAGAGAAAGCAUUCGCUUUCGCUUUUCACGGAUACUGCUCAAGUAUGGCCAAGGGCAUUUGGAGAGCAAAAACUACCUCUCAUCCUGUACAGAGGCCUCGCUUGCCUGGCAUGGAAUCAGGAACUUGCUUGCCAUACACAUCAACGAAACACUUCUGUUCUGGGCAAGUCUGCUUCAUCCCGACUUUUUACAGCACAAGACGAGCCUAUCACGGCUCUUGUGGCGACGCGGCGAUGGUGGACCUCAUCCUUUUUCCGCAAGUUUGAGAAGACACUAUAUUCAGGCAGGUUCACUAUCCCCCACCAGUGGAAAGGAAUUGUCAAGGGCACAGCACGUCGUAGAUUGAUGGCGUUCAAUGGUCCGAUCUGUGGCUAUGGACCUACGCUGCAAAGCGAUCAGGCCCGUUCACUAAGGGGAGAUGCGGUGUCACUUGUCAAUGCUGUGUAA